AUGCACUUCAAGGACGACGUGAUAGCUUUCAUAGGGCCUGCGUGCGCGUUCGCCCUGGAACCAGUCGCAAGGCUCGCAGCCUACUGGAACACACCCAUCAUCACAGGCAUGGGUGAUCAGCCCCCAUCGGAAGGAGAGUUGGCUGCACCUGCGAGUAUGGUUAGCCGUAUGCAUAGAUUGAGAAACUUACGUAAAGGAAUUAAGCCAACAACGCUUUUCAACGAUAAAGGGAAGUACCCGACGCUGACCAGGAUGUCCUACUGCCAGUGUCGGCUGCCUACAGUGUUCACCAGCGUCUUUGAGAGGUUCGGUUGGGCACACGUCGCCUUACUUCUUGACAAGUCGGACCUAUUCUCUCUCACCGUAGGAAAGAGUUUGGAGUGGGGUUUACGCAAAAAAGGAAUACUGAAAGCGGUUAGAGAACUGGAUGGCAACGAAAGGGAGUCCUGUGAAACGUUGCUGCGUGACGUCAGCAUGUACGCCAGAGGUAAGUAUGCACUUAAUGGUGUUAUAUGUCAGUGGGCAGUUAUGCAAAGGGAAGAAAAAGAUGCAACAUACACUCUUAUACCUCUUAUUAUCUAGAUAAAUCACUAUAACGUAAAGCGAUAUAUCACUCACUUACUCAUUUCGAAAUCUAAAAAAAACAACAAGUUCCAGUUCUAAAUUAUGGGCGUUUUACUGUUUUAGGACUAAGACGUUUACUGUCUUCAUAAGCCCGCGGGCAACUGUUGUUAUAUAUAGAAAGAUAAGAAAAAAAAAUAG